AGUGCCCGCAGCCUGUAGUGCUGAUGUGUUGCUAAGAACCGGAGUUCCGAGCCGAACCGAGCCGAGUGGCGCCGAACCGAGCCGAGCGGAGCGGAGCGGCGCGGCGCGAGGACGCGGCAGUAAAUCCCCGAGCAGCCGCUCCCCGGGAGAGGCGUGUUUCCGGGCCGGAACCGAGCCGAACCGAGCGGAUGUGAGAGGAGACGCGGCGGCAGAGAGCGGCAGCAGCGGCGGCGGAACGCGGAGCUCAUGGCGCCUAAAGGUAAGGUGGGCACUAAGGGGAAGAAGCAGAUCCUGGAGGAGAACGAGGCCACGCUGAAGUUCUACACCCGGGUGAUCCUGGGAGCUAACGCCAUCUAUGCUGCGGUCAACCUGCUGGUGUUCUACGGCUCCUCCACCUUCUGGACCUGGCUGCUCCUGGUCUUCGCCCUGGCGGUCUACGUGGGGAGCUACCGCUCCAUGUCGGCCAUGGCCCGGCCGGCGUACGGCGAGGACGGCGGCCUGCUGGACGGCGGCAUCGACCUGAACAUGGAGCAGGGCAUGGCCGAACACCUGAAGGACGUCAUCCUGCUGACGGCCAUCGUUCAGGUUCUGAGCGUCGCCUCCUGCUACUUCUGGUACCUGUGGCUGCUGGCCCCCGCCCGGGCGCUGCACCUCCUCUGGGUGAACUUCCUGGGUCCCUGGUUCACGGCGGAGAGCCCGGCGGCGGCGGAGGAGGUGAACGAGAAGAAGCAGAGGAGGCAGGAGCGCCGGCAGAUGAAGAGGUUCUGAGGCUCCGCCUCCACGGGAGCGCCGCCCGGCGCCCACAGGGACCCACAGGGACUCGCUCAUUCAGGAAGACGCUCAAACACAGAACCCCUCCUGGGAAGCCAGCGGCAGCAGUGUGUGUGUGUGUGUGUGUGUAAUACAGUUUGUGUGUGAGUUGUGAGUAGAGGUGUGUGUGUCGGGGAGGAGCUGUUUUCGAUUAUUUUCUUUUCUCUACCUUUUUUUGUUUUUUAGUCUCUCUGUCCUUUUUCUUGUUUUUUCCUUUUCGUUUUGAAGUUUUUUUUUUUUUUCUUUUGUUCAUUGUUUGAAUAUUUUAGCCUUUUUUCUUUAUUUCUCUUUUUUUCCAUCUGGUGGGUUUUAAGCCCCUCAGUUCGACUCACAGGCUGAGAUGGAUUAGCUCUCCUGAGCCUGUGAGUCAAGGCUGAGGGCAAAUCCUGAUGCUCCCCAUCACAGGCAGACUCACACAUCGACACACACACAUACACACACAUUUUGCCAUAUUUUGCACAAAAAACUAAACGCAGACACACAGUGUUAUUACACACACACACACACACACACACGCACAGGGAGGUGUGCCUUUUCUGCCUGAAGCGUCUCCUUCAGGGUGGAGGGUUCCACGCCUCCAUGCUGAUUUCUCUGACUGAAGACCGGCGAUCCGAUCGGAUGGGAUCAGGACGGAACCGGUUUGAGUCUGAGAUGAAGAGUUUUGUAAUAAAAACUAUUUGC